AUGGAUAAAAUACGUGUGGAUCCCAAGUACUUUCGACAUAUCAUUGGUCGCCAAGGUGCUAUGAUCCUCAGAUUGCGCGAAAACAAGGUUCAGAUACGUAUGCCCACAUUAGAGAAAGGGGACCAUCUGGAAGCGAAUGAAAUCGUUAUCGAGGGUGAUCCCCAGGGAGUAGAACGGACGAAGAAAGAGAUUCUUCAAUUAGUGGAAAAAUUGGAGAACGAGAAGUGUAAGGAUGUGAUUAUCGAACCACGCGUCCAGCAUCUACUGUGUACUGGAUACAAAAACGUCCCUCCACCAAUCCGUUCAAUCUACGACAGUUUCCCUAAAGUCAGUUUCCUUUGGCCGGAUAACCAGGACUCGGGUGAACACGCAGCCAUCGAUAAUCCUGCCAGAAGUCUGGUCCAGCUACGCGGUGAUCGCCAACAGGUUGACGCAGCUGCUGAGCGUCUACAAAAGCUUAUCAAACAAGUAAUUGAGGAAAAUCAUCGACAGGAGAUCAGAAUAUUCAAAGAAUUUCGACCUCUUAUUUUCGGCCGAGGAUCUGCGAAAAUUCAAAAACUCCUAGACGAUACAAAGACUCGGAUUCAAUACCCUAAUCCAUCCGAUGGUUCUGACGUGUUUACUAUCAUUGGCCGCGAGGAGAAUGUACAACAAGCAAUUCGUCAACUUGAAGAUCUCCAAAAGCAGCUGGCCGACGUGAAAGAAAUUAUUGUUUCCAUUCCAUCUGCAUUGACUACCAAAUUCGUCGGUGACCAAGCCCCCAGUCUGCGGUCCAUUCGCGAACAAUGUGCUGGUGUACAUAUGCGUUUUGUCAAUCCCCCUCAGAAGUACGUUCGCAAAGGGAACCAGGUUGAGGUGGUGGUUAUCGGCCCUUCGGAAGCGUUGAAACAAGCACAACAGCUUCUCAACCAACUCAAUGCAAAAGUGGCGCAGCUUUGCGCUGAGGAAUUGGUCCAUGUGGAUCCUAAAUUCCAUGGUUUUCUCAUCGGUCGUCAAGGCUCGAACAUCACUCGUUUCCGUGAACGACACAACGUUGAGCUUCUCUUCCCGGAUCGCAUGGAAACAGAUCCUAAGUUAUCAAUGGAGAUCCGCAUUGUUGGACCAAAAGAAGCAGUUGCACAGGCUAAGGCUGACCUAGAAGCAAUGAUCAAGACUUUGGAGGACGAAAUCGAACAAACCAUCCCAGUCGAUCCAGCUAUUUUGAAGGAUAUCGUAGUUUACCGACGUUCUUUUCCCAACCCAGAACUCGAUCGAGUGCGAGUGAUAAUGCCCAGAAGUGCUGCUCCUCGUACUCCCUCAGAUGCCGCCACCAAUGCAUCUGGUACUUCCGAUCAGUCCAAAUCCGUGAUCAAACUUAUCGGUCAGAAGGCCUGUGUAGAAUCGGCAAGCCAGGCCCUUCAGAAUAUGAUUCGCGACAUUGAAGAACAGACCACCAAAGAGUUCCAGAUUACCGACCCCAACCAGUUCAUUGCACUUGAUCGGUCGAGAACACAAUUUCGCGAUUUGGAGCAUCAGUUCCGAGUUUUUAUUAACCUUCGACGGACCAUGGACAGUAAUUCAUUUACCCAAACUUCUCCUGAAAAGGUGAACGAUUCCCAUAUGCAACCUUCCGGAACGCUAUUCAUCACCGGGCGUCCUGAUCGUAUUGAUCAACUGUAUGAGGAGGAAAUUCGACCCAUGCUUCCUAUCGAGGAGGAGUUCCCGUUGUCUCAGGAAUUCCAUCGUGGGCUGAUUGUGAAUCCGUCUACGGAGCGCCAACGUAAUCGCGGAGCACAGCCUGCUCCUCCUACUCGUGGCAGGCGGGGUACGCAGCAGCCCGAGAACACCACCGCUCAGCAACCGACCAACGAAACCCCAAGCAAAGCAGCCGAAAUUAAACAGAAAUACAAUGUUCUUAUUCGGCUUCCACCUCAGCAGGCUGUUGGUGCCAACCAAAUUUAUCUUCGUGGAACACCUUCUCAAAUUGCUUCAGCUAAAGCUGAAUUGGUCGAGUGGACCAAGCACUGUGAGGAACUCAAAGCGGAUCGAAUAGCUCGGAAUUUCGAGCUGUCCUUCCCAGUACCCACACGUUUCAUGGCUGCCCUUAUGGCACUCCGGCGGCAGAUUGAGGCAAAUCACGAGGUGUUCAUGCGCGCCGGACCGGAUUUACCGUCGCCUAAUGUGAACGGGGUUAGUGGUACUCAGUCCGAGGUGACCACCAAUGGGUUUGAUUUAGAAGUUAAUGCAAACCAUCAGGAAAGCACGACUGAGGAAGACAAUUCACAUGUGCAAGCCGAUGAGCAAAAAACAGAACAGUUGAAUGGUAAUCAUGCAAGCGACGAAGAGGAUCGAGUGAUCGAGGAUACCGACAAGCCAAAUGACGCUGAAUCCCAAAUCACGACUAAACCUCCACAUCCUGAUGAAUGUGCCCCAUCUGUGCACGAGAGAAUGUCCAUGGUGAUCCUUCGCGGUUAUCAGCACAAAGCAGAAGCGGCGAAAGCCGAGUUGGAAACCACCAUCCAGCAACUUCUUUCUCAGGUUACGGAGGAAUUGUGGAUUCCGGCUGCGGUGCAUCCACAACUUAUCGGAUCACGGGGAUAUGCGAUCCAAAAGGUGAUGUCCGAUUUUCAUGUUCGCAUUGAAUUCCCCAAUCGAAAUGCCCGGGAGACAGCUGACGCCAAUCGUGUUCUGGUCACCGGUGAUCAAAAGGAUGUUGACCUAGCCUGUGAUGUUCUGAUUUCCAGAGCAAACGAAUUGCUCGAUCGGUUGCAUUCCGAGAAUCGACCUGCUCAGUCGAAACAGUAUCGCGAGGAGUUAUUGCCUACUAACGGUUCGUUGAAUGCUUAA